CGGGGGACACUGAGGCCCGGAGUGCGAAUCAGCUGAGGUCACCCUUUCCCGAGAAGGGAAAGCCGCGGGACCCGCCCUGGUCGCCAGCCUCUCACUGUUGCGGCUUUGUUCACAAGGUCCCAGGAUGGCGGUGGCGCUGAGGGACCGGGCGCAGGUGUAUGUGACCUUUGAGGAUGUGGCCAUUAAUUUCACAAGGGAGGAAUGGGGACAGCUGGACCUGACCCAGAGAACCUUGUACUUGGAGGUGAUGCUGGAGAUCUGUGGGCUCCUGGUCUCACUGGGGGGCAAAGCAAAACUUGAGUCCACAGAGCCAACCACUCCUGAGCUGGCGUUGUCUGAGGGAGCCUCAGACCAGGGACGACUGACACAGGUAGUCUCCAAAGACUGCCAGCUGGGACGAUACAGGGGUCAGGAGGGUCCACUGGAAAUGCAGGACCAACAUUUGAGACCAGGGAUAGACCCCCAGGAGGGGCAGCUCCCUGGGAAAAUGAGCCCUGAACAUGAUGGUUUGGGGACAGAUGAUGGUGCGUGUUCAAGGAUUCUGCAGGAGCAAGUCUCUCCAGGAGAUGCUGUCCGUGACAGUGACUCACAUAGACCUGCUAAAGAUGCCAUGACUCAUGAAAAGAGAAAUCCCUAUGUAUUCAAGGAAUGCGGGAAAGUGUUUAACAAAAGACUUCUCACUCAACAUGAGCGGAUUCAUUCUGGAGUGAAGCUCUAUGAGUGCACAGAGUGUGGGAAAACUUUUAGCAAGAGCACAAACCUCAUUCAGCACAUCAAGGUCCACAUUGGGGAGAAGCCUUAUGAGUGCACAGAGUGUGGGAAGUCCUUUAGCUUCAGGUCACGCCUUGCACGGCACCAGCAGUUUCACACUGGGGAGAAGCCCUAUGCAUGCACAGAGUGUGGGAAGGCCUUCAGCCACAAGUCAAAACUUACAGAGCACCAGCGGAUUCACACUGGGGAGAAGCCCUAUGAGUGCACAGAGUGUGGGAAAGCCUUCAGCCACAGGUCCCAACUUACACAGCACCAGCGGAUUCACACAGGGCAGAAGCCUUAUGAAUGCAAAGAGUGUGGGAAGGACUUCAGCCACAGGUCAAAACUUGCAGAGCACCAGCGAAUUCACACUGGGGAGAAGCCCUAUGAGUGCACAGAGUGUGGGAAGGCCUUCACCCACAGGUCACAACUUGCACAGCACCAGCGGAUUCACACUGGGGAGAAGCCCUAUGAGUGCGUUGAGUGUGCAAAGGCCUUCAGCCGUAGAUCCCAACUUAAACGACACCAGCGGAUUCACACUGGGGAGAAGCCCUAUGAGUGCAUCGAGUGUGCAAAGGCCUUCAGCUGUAGGUUCCAACUGACACAACACCAGCGGAUUCACACUGGGGAAAAGCCCUAUGAGUGCACACAGUGUGGGAAGGCCUUCAGCUUCAGAUCACACCUUACACGGCACCAGCAGUUUCAUACUGGGGAGAAGCCCUAUGAGUGUAUUGAGUGUGGGAAAGUCUUCAGCCACAGGUUACAACUUGCACAGCACCAGCGGAUUCACACUGGGAAGAAGCCCUAUGAGUGCAUCGAGUGUGCAAAGGCCUUCAGCCGUAGGUCCCAACUUACACGACACCAGCGGAUUCACACUGGGGAGAAGCCCUAUGAAUGCAUUGAGUGUGCAAAGGCCUUCAGCUGUAGGUCCCAACUUACACAGCACCAGCGGAUUCACACUGGGGAGAAGCCCUAUGAGUGCACAGAGUGUGGGAAGGCCUUCAGCCAGAAGGCACACCUUAUAAAGCACCAGCGGAGUCACACAAUUCACUCUGGUCUGAAGCCCUUUGAGUGCACAGAGUGUGGGAAAACUUUUAGCAAGAGCACAACCCUCCUUCAACACCACAUCAUCCACACCGGGGAGAAGCCCUAUGAGUGCACAGAGUGUGGGAAGGCCUUCAACCAAAGGGCACACCUUACGCAGCACCAGCGGAUUCACACUGGGGAGAAGCCCUAUGAGUGCAGUGAAUGUGGAAGGGCCUUCACUCACCACUCCACUUUUGUCUUGCACAAGAGGAGCCACACAGGGGAAAAACCUUUUGAGUGCAAGGAGUGUGGGAAGGCCUUUCGUGAUCGGCCAGGCUUCAUUCGACACUACAGCAUCCACACUGGAGGGAAGCCCUAUGAGUGCAUUGAGUGUGGGAAGGCCUUCAACCACAGGUCAGAACUUACACGGCACCAGCGGAUUCACGCUGAGAAGAAACACUAUGAGUGCGUUGAGUGUGGGAAGGCCUUCAACUACAGGUCACACCUUGCACAGCACCAGCGGAUUCACACUGGGGAGAAACCCUAUGAGUGCAGUGAGUGUGGGAAGGCCUUCAACCAAAGGGCACACCUUACGCAGCACCAGCGGAUUCACACUGGGGAGAAGCCCUAUGAGUGCAGUGAGUGUGGAAAGACCUUUGCUCAUCUCUCCACUUUUGUCUUGCAUAAGAGGAGCCACACAGGAGAAAAACCCUUUGAGUGCAAGGAAUGUGGGAAAGCCUUUCGUGAUCGGCCAGCGUUAUUUCGACACUACAGCAUCCACACUGGAGAGAAGCCCUAUGAGUGCAGUGAGUGUGGGAAGGCCUUCAACCGCAAGUCACACCUCACUCAGCACCAAAGGAUUCAUACUGGGAGAAGCCCUAUCAGUGUGACAGAUGUGGGAAGACCUUUCACAAGUGGGCAAACCUCAGUCAACAUCCAAGGACUUCUAUUGGGGAUGGAAAAUCUUUGGCCAGAGGAAACUUCUUAUUCAGCAUCUGAUCAUUCAUGCCAAAGGGAAAGCUCACAAAUGUCAUCCCUGUGAGGAAGCAUUCUGUCAUAGAUCAUUACUUGUCAUCUAAGGGUCAUAUUAGAAAUUGAGCCACAUAGAGUCUGACUACAUCUGAAAAUUCAUCCAGGAGAGAGACCCAGUGAUCACUGUUCACUUAGGAAAACCAUCAGCCACAUCUUUGUUAGUUUCCUCUGCAUUGUUAUCUCAGGAAUAUUUAAACCAAGAAUGAGAAGGCAGAGGAGACAUAGAAAAUAAAAAGAAAUGGAAACAGCAGUUUUUUUCAGAGUUCCCAGCCAAGCUUAUUAUAAUUUGUCAUUGGUUCCUUAUUUGAGGAUAAGAGAGUUGUUUCAGAGGUCAAAGGGCCUUGUCCCUGUUAUACAUUCACUGCUAUCCAGUGCCCAUGGAGUUUGUCAGUUGAGGACAGGUUGGAAAAAAUUUGUUAAAAGCCUUGUUCUACAGCAUUAUCCUACCCUUGAGGUACGUAAGUCUUUAUGGAAAAAAUGAAGGCUUAAGUUAUGAAAUAGUUUCUAUUUAAAGAGGUAAGGAUACACAUACAGGUGGGCAUUUUUUUUUUUUUUUUAAAGUUUCUUCAUGUAGUUCCAAGUGCCAGCAUUCAUACUUUUUUAAAUCACUAUUUUUUUUUUUUUUCCUUCUGUGGCAUCUGGAUGACAGUAUAGCUGUGUGACUUCCCAGAUGACCCUUAAAACUUUUCUCUGACUAGGAUUCCUCAGCUUCUUUAAUCCUCUGUAGAGAAACUUCUCCAAUUCUACCUCGGCAGUUUUCUAGGGGUUGAUUACAGCUGGGGGAAAAAAAAAACCACACACACAUAGCUAAAUUAAACGAUCAUAUAAACUCAGAAAAACAUGGAGAAGGAAUCAUAUUUUUCAUCUUAUAAAAGACUGUGUGAAGACUUGCUUUAAAGUGACUAGAUACAGAGAUGGAAAAUCUAAUCCUCAGUGUUAUAUGGAAAGACAAGACCCCAAAUAGCCAAAGCAGUUUUUUUUUCUAAAUUUUAUUUAUUUUGUUGAGAAUAUACACAGCAAAACAUACACCAAUUCAGGUUUCUGCAUGUAAGUUUAGUGACAUUGAUUACAUUGUUCGGGUUGUGCAACCAUUCUUACCCCUUUUUCUGAAUUUGUUCCUCCCUCAAUAACAUAAACUCACUGCCCCCUAAGGUUCCUGUCUAAUCUUUUGAGUUGCUGUUUUCAAUUUCACCCCAUAUAGAUAGUUUUUGAAAGAGCAUAAUACUCAAGGCAGAUCUUU